GCGGCCACAGGCGGCGAUCGGAGCCAUGGCGGAGCUGCCGCUGCCCGCCGGGCUCAGCGCCAGCGCCUUCCCCGCCAAGCUGUGGCGCCUGGUGAACAGCCCCCGCGUCCGCUCCGUGCGCUGGGACAGCCGCGCCCAGGGGCUGCUCGUCGACCGCUCGCUCUUCGAGCGGGAGCUGCUCAGCCCGGGCGACGCCCACGGGGGCGGCGAGGGGGUGGGGCCGACGCCGGACUCCUUCCAAGCCACGCACUUCGGUAGUUUCGUGCGGCAGCUCAACCUCUACGGCUUCCACAAGGUGCCGAGCCGGGUUGGCUCAUCUGAGCCCGGCGAUGCCGGGGGCUGGCUCCACUUCAGGAACCCCAACUUUCGCCGCGACCGCCCCGACCUCCUGCUCCAUAUCAAGCGCCUGACCAGGGCCAACAGGCAGCGGCUGGCAGCGGGGCUGGAGGUGCGCAGCCGCCAGCCCAGCCGCUUCCAGCAGCUCCGCACGGAGCGGCCGCUGGCGUCCUUCCCUGCCGGGCAGCCGCCCAGAGCCGUGCUCUCAUACCAGGACCUCACUGCUGCCUCACCUGAGGGUUUACAGCUGCCUCCAGGCCCUUCCAGGCUAAGCGCAGGUGCUCAGGAGUCUGACCUUUUCCUGACAUCUCCCAAGAAAGUCUUUGCCUCAUCUGGAUUUCUUGGGGUUUCAUCAGAGGAACCAGGCACCAGCAAAUUUCAUCUCAAGCGUGAGCUCAUCAUUCCGCUGGUUCCCAUAGACUGCAGAUGCCGCCCUGAGCUCACCGUUUCUCUGCGUCCCAUAGACCAUCACAGCCCUUCCAUGGCCUCUCCAGAGGGAAGCAGCUGCACAUCUUCAGAGCAGUAUUUGCCAGCCUGCAGUUCAUCAGCCACCCCAGGCACUUCAGGCCCCAGCGCUCCAGCUGGCAGUGCUGGUUUUGCACCAUGGACAGCCCCCAGCUGGCUGUGGAAUACUCCUGGGCAAGAGGAAUUGCCACCACCAGAUCUGGACAUGGUGCUUGAGACGCUGGAGGAGAUGUUUUCUCCCUCUGCUCAGGGGAAUAUUAAUGUUGCCCCUGAGUCUUCAGGAGGGCAGCCUGUGGACAGAGCUGAAGCAGAAGGAGCUUUGCCUGGCACCAGGAGGUGCGGGAACAAUUCCCAGGAGCCCGAAGAGCUUGAUUUCCACCUAAUCUACCUUGCCAGGAGGGCUGCCCUGCGUGAGAAAAAGGAUCGGAGGGAGAGCCUGUGACCAUCGGGCAGGUGGAAUCCCUCCAUUUAUACAUAGAUUUAUAGAUUUCCAUAGUUCUAUUUAUAUAUCCAUGUAGUUACAUUUAUUGAUUUAUACAAUCCUUUUUAUAUAUCCACAUAGUUAUAUUUGUAGGUUUAUAGAGGACAUAUAUAUAUAUAUAUAUAUAUACAUCUAUACAGUUAAAUCUAUAUAUAGUUUUUGAUGUGAUAGAAUUAUAUUUAUGUGCAUGUAGUUACAUUUAUAGAUUUUAAAAUUGAUAUUUAUAUACAUAUAGAGUAAUAAUAUAUUUUUAAUAUUUUUAUAUUUAUAAAUCUGCAUCGAUAUGUAGUUAGAGUUAUAUGGAUUUAUAGAUGGAUAGAUUGAUGUUAGUGUAGGUCUAGGCAGUAUUUUUACCUCUUUCCCCCUCGGCUGCCUUUUUCACCUCUGGCUUUUCCCCCUGUGCCCCCUGUGUCCCCUCUCCCUGGGCUGGGUCCGAGCUGGCGGCCGGGCCGGGCGCAGCAGCAGUUCCAGCCCCGGAUGUCCCUGGAGCGGUGGGAGCUGCCGGUGGCCCCAGGCACUGUCCCCUGAGGAGCUGCUGAAGGACGCUGCAAUGAAGACCUCGAGGACCGCCGGAGACUGCCGGGAGCCAGCAGGGAGAAGCCAAGGGCCAGCAGCAGGAGCAGGGAGCGGGGCCCUGCUGCUGCCAGCCUGGAGAGAGCCCGGAUGUCCCAUCUGCUGUCCCUGUCCAGGGGAGCUGCUCUGCCCGGGAGGAAGAGGCCGAGGGAGAGGCUUUGAAGAUGGGGCAGUUGGGAUCCCUCUUCUUGAAGUUCUCUUUAAAGAUUGCACAAAGGCAGUGAUAAUUACAUGGAUAUUUACAUAUGUAGGCUGCUAUUUGUACAGCAAUAUUUCUAGAUGUAUGUUGUUAUAUUUAUGGAUGUAUUAUGUAUAUAUGUAUUCAUAUAUAUACAUGUGUUUGUAAUUACAUCUAUGUCUAUAUACAUAUCUAAGUAUACAUGGAUGUUGUUAUAUCUGUGUUUAGUUCUAUUUCCUAGGUUUUUAGCUGUGUGGCUAUCUAUUUAUAUUGAUGCAGUUAUAGGCAUAUGGCUCUUUAAAUAGUUAUAUUGAUAUUUACAUAGGUAUAUAUGUCUAUUUUUGUAUGUAUAUUGACCCAUUUCUAUAUGUAAUUAUAUUUACAUAAGUGUCCAGAUGUAUACCUGUAUAUUUGUAUUGAUGGAUUUGUAUGGUUAUUUAGCUUGGCAUAAUGAUACAUAACAAACAAUCUAUACAUACAAAAAUAUCAUUUUAUAUGUAUAUGCUAUUUUAAAUCUCUAUUUACAUCUGUAGAUAUUUAUAUAUUUAUUUAUAUGUAUUUAUGUAUAUAUAGAUGUAUUUCAUUUUAUUUCAAUACGUAUGGAGUGGUAUAUUUGUAUAAUUCUAUCGGUUCUAUGUAUAAUUCUAUGAGUACUUGAUACAGGGCUACUUAGAGAAUUCAUAUUUUUUGUAUUUCUAUACGGGCUAUACCUGUCUAGUAAUAUGUAAUAAAUUAAGCUGUUCAACUCCUAAUUGAUCUUUGUGUAUAGUGAGUUGUUUUAAAGGUUGGCAAUAAAUUAAAUUUUGUUAAUGGAAGUUGGUAUUUGUAUAUUUUUACAGAGACUGGUUGUAAUGAUAUAAAAAAUUCCUGUUUUUAAACUAAAUUGAGGUUUCUAUAGUUCUGUAUUGUCAGUAUGGGUGUAUCAAUUAGUAAUAAAUGUCUUUUUUAUCUGAAAUUGA